CAUAUAAAAAAAUCAGUUGGUGUGUGUGCGAAUCAAAGACGGCUUGGAAGAAAAUCGGAACGGGACAGUUUCAUCUGCAACAUUUUUCGUUGUUUCUAACGAAAAAUUCGAUCUAGAAACAUUUUACUUCUGCUCAGGGAAUUUCCGGUGGUGAAUUAACAUAGAAGCUGCUAGAUUUUGGGAAAUGGUAAUGGAAGCACAACCUUCACCGCAAAGCGUUGGCCGCGAGUUCGUGCGCCAAUAUUACACGCUUCUUAAUAAAGCCCCGGAUCACUUGCAUCGAUUCUACAACAACUCUUCAAGCUUCGUUCAUGGAGGGUUGGAUUCUAAGAGUCAGGAAGCGACGCUGGUGAUUGGUCAGAAGCAGAUCCAUAGCCAAAUCCAACAGCUCAACUUCCGAGAUUGUCAUGCCAAGAUCAGCCAGGUUGAUUCGCAGGCGACCCUGGGAAAUGGUGUAGUGGUGCAAGUCUCCGGUGAGCUGUCAAAUGAUGGUCAACCGAUGCGUCGUUUUACCCAAACUUUCGUGUUGGCUGCUCAAUCGCCGAAGAAGUACUACGUCCAUAACGAUAUUUUUCGCUAUCAGGACAUCUAUUCUGACGAUGAAAUCGAUGAAAAUGACCGUUCAGGCGAAGAGGAUGGGCCUGACGUCGAUAAUAAUGCCGUUGUGAACAACCAGAACGUUUCGGCUAACGUUGUUGCUUCAAGUGGGGCAGUGCCUGCACUUGGUUUGCAACCACAGGCUCAAGACCAGCAACAGCAGCAGCAACAGGCACCACAACAAGCCCAACAACAGCAACUGUAUUACCCUCCUGGGGUUCUGAAUGCUGGUCCUCCAGGAAUGAUUGCCGGAUAUGGACAACCUCAACAGCAAGGCCAACAACAGCAGCCUCAGCAGCAACUGAAUGGAGUGCACGAUGAUUUGCUUAAAACUGUUACAACACAAAAUUCAUCUCAAUUGAUUCAAGCUUCCUCUGGACAUCCAUCAGUUGGAACUGUUUCCCAACAGAACUCAGUCUUGCAACAGGUUCCCAAUGUGGCCCCCGGAAUACCCCCAGUGAACCCGAUCCAACACCUGAAUCAACAAGUCACUCAACCACAAACCCCACAACUUCAACCCCAACAAAUUCCUCAAGUAUCGAUUCCCCAACAACAACAACCGUCGCAAACCGCUGCGAUUUCUGAUCCUGAGCCAAUAUCUAGCUCUCUUAACAUGAACGAAUUGGAUUCAGUUCUCCCUUCGAGUAAUGACCCAACUCCGGCCGAAGCAAGUGAUGCCCAUGAUCAUCAUCCGCACCACCACGGUCAGACGGAUGUAAAUGAUUCGCAACCGACCCAACAAAAUAUUUCCAAUGAACCCAAAACCUAUGCUAAUCUGGUGAAAUCCGGCGGGUCCGGGGGCCCGGGUCCACUGAGUUUCGCUUCUGUUUCAUCGCACCAUCAUCAGCAGCAACAAUCCCAGCAGCAUCAAUCGUCACAUCAACAGCAGCAGGGAUACAGCAACGUAACCGCAGGUCGGCAAUCGGUUUUAUCUCCCCCACCCUCCGGAGGGUCAUCGCUACAAAACACUAGCUCUGGUACUGUAAAUAGCGGUGGAAUUGGUGGUCUAGGUGGUCUAGGUUCAAGUAAAUACGAUCGUGGUCAGCAACAGUCGGAUCUUGGACAGGGUGGACCCAUGCCACAACGAAUUCAGAACCAGCAACGUCCGAUCCGUGGCAAUGGACCUUCGAGCAACGUCGGCGGUGGUAGUGGUCCUGGUAGUGGUGGUCUGAGACAGCAAGAUAGUCGCCCUAGCUAUUCACGAAAUUACGAUAAUGAUGAUCGUCGUCAAGGAAAUUCGUCACAGUUUGGCGACAACUAUCAACUUUUCUUAGGAAACAUUCCACAUCAUGCGACGGAAGAUGAUCUGAAAGUUUUGUUUAGUAAAUAUGGAACGGUAGUCGAUUUACGCAUUCAUUCGAAGCAGGGACAAAAAUUACCAGGAGUACGAGCACCACCUAAUUAUGGAUUUAUAACAUAUGAAGAUCCUGCGUCUGUGCAAAACUGUCUUGCAAACACGCCUUUGUAUUUCCCGGAAAAUUCACCUGAUGGUCAGAAAUUAAAUGUUGAAGAAAAGAAGACGCGAAUGCGUGGUCCUGGUGAAACUGGAGGUCGCAUUGGUAGCAACCAAAUGGGUGGAAAUGGCGGUAGUGGUCCACGAGGUGGUCCUAAUGGCCCCGGUGGUCCACCACGGGGAGGUCCGGGAGGUCCACCAGGCAAUAUUAACAGAGGCGGGUCUGGUCAGCGAGGUCUAGGUGGAAUCGGCGGUGGACCGGGUAGCGGAGGUGGUGGAAGCGGUCGCGGAGGCUAUCCACGUUCCGACAGGGGCAGCAUUUCUGGAGGUGGUUCUGGCGGCGGUGGUGGCCAGCGAUCGGGCAAUGGAAACUAUCAUUCAUCGAAUCGCUAAAUAGAUCCUGGUAUAAGCUUAAUCCUGUGUACUGUCAAAGCUCUGCCUGAAAAUCCAACCUCUCAUUCAUAAUCCUGGUGCAGCGAGCUCUUCUUUUAUAUUACGAUAAAUAAAAGCUACUAUUCAAUAAACCAUCUUCGCUGCCGUAGUUCUUGUUGUCAGAAAACAUACUUCCUCUCCUUAUCUUCCGGUACGCGUUGAUUGGACCGAUCGAUUGUUUUCCAAUACAGGAAUAGUUCGAUGGCAACAUUAACCUAUCUACACAUCAAACACAUUAAUAAUAGAUGCAGAAGCAACAACAAAUCAUUGUGUGAAUAUAAUUUAAGCAGUUUAAUUAAAACCAAUUUAUAAACAAUAAUCAUUACACAAAAGUGAGGGUUAUUGAAAGGAAAAGAAUAAUCAGAUAAAGAUUUGACGAAACCUACCGCCAAGAUACGUCUUGAAAAAGAGCAGAAAGAAGUAGAAAUGCAAAAGUUAAAACAAUGUGUAGUAAGAGAGUGAUGAAAAGAAACUAGACUAGACAAAGUUGUUGAAACUGAAUCUAACGAAAACAUCAGAAUUAAACUCAAUAAUACGAUAAUUUCUACAUUUUAGCAGAAAAAUGGCAAUGAGUUGAAUCGAAACACAAUGUGUAUGUGAAAAUGACUUAGUAGGUAUUAGGGAAUAAUUAAAAAUCAAACUCUUGCAAAGUUGAAAAACAAAUUCAAAAAACAUGCAUAUUGCAGAAACUGGAAAAAUAAAGAGGCAAAGCGUCUAGGUUUUUUUUUUCAAGUAUAAAGAAUAAACAACACCGCAUUGUAAGUAGAUCAAGAAAUUAUUGAUUCUCAAUAGGAAAGAAACCCAACCUUUCAAUUUAGUACAACUUAUAGCUGAAAUCGACACAUCUGAACAUGUUGCAAUAGAAGCUGAAAUCGCAAGACUAAAACUACAAUUGAAACAAUUGCUGUGGAAUAUUUCUCUAACUUGCUAAAAUAAAAACAACUUGUUUUUUUUCAGACCUUCUUUCUCUAUUCUUAUCUCUGUGAUCUUUAAUGACUCUGGUUGAAUGAACAGCAACAAAGCGAACCCAAAUCGAAACUGCACUUAAGUGCUGUGCACUAUUUUCCAGAUUUUUUUUCUCCAAUUUUCAUCUAAAAAAUUGAGCGUGCUAUUGGACCUUCGCUUUUGUUACAACAAACGGCAGGUAGAUUAUACUGGAUUCUUUUUAAAUUCUCUUUGAAACAAAACUUCAAACAAUUAGUAAACAACCAAUUUAGGAGAAAAAGUAAUGAUCGAAUAUGUCACGCUUUUUGCUCAUCAAGAUCGCAAUAGAACUUUUGGGAUAAAUACGUUAAAUAAAUUUAAUAUGGAAAUCGAAAAAGCCAAGCGUAUGUAACGAAACAUAGAAAUGAAUGUUGCGUAAACAAUAAAUCAAGAUCAACAUUUCAAACGGAGCUAAUUUUACAUGUCAAUGGUUUAUAUACUCUUCUUCAAAUUGUCUUUGUCUUGUGAAUUAAAAAAGAAUCAAACAAAAUACAACACAUCCAAAUCCCAUAGCAUGUGAAUAAGUCGGAAACGUUCAAAUUUGAAACCCUUCUAUAGAUAGAACAGGAAAAGUCAUUUAAAAAAAUAAACAAGCAAAAAACUGGUACGCUUGUUUCAAUUAAACCUUUCGUCUUAUGAGAACAUUAUUUAUAAUUUUAAUUAGUAACUGAAUACUAGUAAAGUGAACCUAAGCAAAGUAGAUUAAAACAGAAAACAUGCAAAGAAACAAACAAUUCAAAAGCAUAAUACAUACCAACAUUUUUCUUUCAAACUAAAACAGAUCUACUACCUUUUUAGUUUCCCCAGUUCAAAUGGUUCAGUCUUCUUAUCUUUAAGAUAACGUCAAACAAAUCACCACAGUUGUAAAACUAUAAUGAAAAAUAAAAAAAUAUGCAAAGCAAAACCACAAAACAAUAUUAGGAACAGCUAAAAAAUACCGACAAAAAUUAAUAAAUUAUUGAAAAAUGAUCUGCGUUUAUUUUUGUUUUGAAGAACAACAAACUGUUUUUUAACUCCCCCAGUACAAAUGAAUUUUUAUAAGCUACUUUACAUAAAUCAAGCGAAAAUUCGCGUAACGAGCGUCAACUUGAAAAUCCAGGUGAAUUUAACGUUUCGUUCUUGUCUGAGUGUGUACACUGAGGUUUUUUCCACGGUAUAAAAUCCGCCGUUCAUAAGUACAUAGGACUUGAAAUAUUUUCUCUCAUAAACCGUGUUGAUUCGUGAGAACCGUGAAUGAGAAUGACAAAAACCGUGUAAAAUAAAGCCAUGUUUUGAAUAUAGAGCAAAACCAAUCCGUGCUAAAAAGACCUUAGUGUACUUUUAAGGACUAUGUGAUCCACAACGGGGUUCGAGUUGGUCUCCGUUUAGCUUGAAAGAUUCUUACCUAACCAAAUAUUCACCAAAAGCGGCAAGUACGGUUGUGGGAAAAUGGCCGGCGUAAUAUCUGGAUAUUUGUUCAGGUAAGAACCUUCCAAGCUAAAAGAAGAGACAGAGACCAACCCAAAUCUCAAUGUGGCUCGCACAAAACUAACUUCAAUACGUAAUGAUUAACUGACAACGAUUUACCUACGUUUUAUGUGGUAUCGGAGUUUUUUAGGGGAGGAGAGAAUCCAGCUAGACUCCAGCCAAAAUGUCCUUGAUGCCUGAAGGCGCUUUUCCGCCACACUAAUAUUCACCCUUCUUGUUAACCCUAAUCAGUUCUAUAGAGCGUCAAUAAUAAGGUCGACCGGGGCAAGUGCAAACCGAGUCAUAGUUCAACUAUCAUAAUAUGUCCUAUAAAAAUAUGUAUUUUUCUCUUCUAUCUUUUGGCUCCGACCUAUCGUUCUAUAUUGCCAACUGUUGUGGUUUUUAACUGUUAUGCUUUUUGAACAUAUUUAAAACGACUGUUCGUUCUCAUUUCGUGGGGUUAGAAAUCAGUUAUUUAGUCGAAGGAGUUGUUUAUUGGUUUGUUGUCUUCAUAAUAUAUGCAUUUUGGUGUCUCGCGAUAAGCCAGAUAUUUGUUUAGUUCAGUGACGUUUUAAAAAUAUGUAUAUUUUCAAAAAGUAACAGUAAUCGUUCGUAGUUAACACUCUGUUAGCAUAUAACAUUUUCGCGCCGACCUCAAAUACCCAGACGGAUCAGAUUCAGAGAAGGUUGUACCAAUAUACAACUACAAAUCAUCCCGAAUCAAACACCAUCUUUCGGGGUUAAACGCGUAAUAACGAGCCAAAUGAAAACUGUCUUGAAUCAAUCACCUUUAAGAAUUUAAAAUUCAAUCUUUCUGUUAUUUUCCUGUUCGUUCGCUGUUUUUUUUGUGAAUAAUUUACAGAAAGUUCAGUUUAUCUAUGUCAGACUGUUCAUUUGGACCCAAACAACAAUUUCUAGGUGAAUACAUAUUUUUUUACAUUUGUACUUGUCUGAAUGUUCCCUAAAAGAAAGCCCAAAAUAAUAAUAAAAAACCGUUAUUACUAAAGA